CCAAAGACGUGUUUGAACUUUGGCAAUAAAUAUCAAUUUGAAUUUCGCAACAACAAAGAACAAUCAAAACACGAUUUUUCUGUUUUCUCGAUUCCGCAUUUUCCGCACCCCUCUUUAAAUAGACCCCAAAAAAAAUAGAAAGAGAAAACCUCAAAAAUCCCGCCAUGGAUUUAUGCCGGCAAACUGAGUAUCUACCUCUAAACGAGAACGAUUCACAAGAAAUAGUACUACAGCAAGUUCUCAACGAGGCCGACGCCCUGAACACCUCCCGCCGCCACCGCCACCGCCGCCAUCUCCUCCGGCCGUCUCCGUCCAAUUCCAUUGCAAAGAAUCGCCACUACAGAGGCGUGCGGCGGCGUCCGUGGGGCAAAUUCGCGGCGGAAAUCCGCGAUUCCGCCCGGCAAGGGGCUAGGGUUUGGCUGGGCACCUUCGAAACAGCCGAAGCAGCUGCUCUGGCUUACGAUAGAGCCGCUUUUAAAAUGCGCGGCGCCAAAGCCCUGCUCAAUUUCCCUCCUCUAAUGGUGGCUCCUUCUUCAUCGGUUAAUAACUCAGAUCAAGACACAGUUAUAUAACUAUAUGCUCGUUAGUAUCAUGUAUGUAUAAUGUAAGUAUAUAUAGUUGUUUAGUUUCACGCGCGGCUUGUUUGUUGUUUCUCUUUUGAUCAUUGUUUUGAUCCAUCUUUUA